AACCAACCUCACACCUUCACACCAGCCCCAUUACACACUCGUUUCUCGCUCUUUGGAUUCACCUGUGUAAUUUAUCGUGUCCAUACCUCCUUGCCGUUUGUUUAACAUAUUUCAGGGGCGAAGAAAAAUCGAGGGCAGUGAACUUUGGUCUAGAGCUGCCACCCCCUUCAGAUCAACCACGUAGACCCUACACCCACUAGCCUCCCUGGCGCACUCAGACAAGAUAGAUAGACCUCAGGACAGAGAGCGACAGAGGCGCGGCAAUUGAAGCCAUCUGGGACUGCGACAAGGGAAGUGGAGGGCGAAGUUGAGGAUCUGGGAAAGCAGCUACGGAGAAAACCCUGUUUUGUUACAGAGUACUUAAUAAUUAAACCUUAUAUCAACGACGACCAACGCACGGCAGCUACUGGAAUAAAAAAAACCGAAAACAAGAGUGAAGGACAAGAAUGCAAGCCAAGUCGCACUUUUUGUUUGAACACUGACUGGAAUUUGAAAACGGAACAUCAAAAGAAAAGACGUUGAGGAGAACCUGACAGGACAGCGAAAUUUAUCCACGGUCAGAUUUUCUUUUCUUUCUUUUAUCUUCUCUCGGACAACUUCCCCACCCACCACAAUCCCCGUCCCCCACUACCGCUUCCGCUUGCGCCUCCGCCUCCGCCUCCGCUUCCGUUUCCCGCGAUACCACUUUCCAUCAUUUCCGGUUUCCGGCUCCCUGGGCUUCGACUUGCCGCAGCCUCCCGCCCUCCCCCCUAAACUUAGCCCUCCGUGCUUGUGCCCAAAACAUCCGCUAGCGGUUUGUGUGUGUAGGAUUGGACGGGAGGGUGAGGAAGAUUAUAUUAUAUCUAUAACGUGUUGUUGAGGGAAGUUGUCUAGAGGGGUAAGUCUGCCUCUGGGGCAGAGGGAUAUCUGUUUGUUGGGGUUGGGCUGGGGUCCUUUUUAUCAUAAACGUGAGACGAAAGUGUGUGAGAGAGAGACGGAGUGAGAUAGUGCGUGUGUGCGUGUGUGCGUAUGUGAGGAAGGGAAAGAGAAGAAGAAGAGAAGAUGUCGAAGAUUUGGGAGGUGGAUCCGGAGACGAGGGGUAAGCUCCUACUCAUUCAGAAAACCAAGGGCAAUGAUCGAUGUUGUGAUUGCGGCGCGCCGUCGCCUCAAUGGGCCUCCCCAAAAUUUGGCACUUUCAUCUGCCUAAACUGCGCCGGCACUCACCGCGGCCUGGGCGUGCACAUCUCCUUCGUCCGCAGCAUAACAAUGGACGCCUUCAAGCUCGGUGAGACCCAGCGCAUGGAACUCGGCGGCAAUGAGGCCUGGAAGCUCUUCUUCGACGAACAUGCGGCCAACGUCGCGGAGGGGCGUACCUUUGAGGACUCGACUAUCAAAGAACGCUAUGAUGGGGAUGUCGGAGAUGAGUGGAAGGCAAGGUUGACGGCGAAGGUUGAGGGUAGGGAGUAUGUGCCUGGCGAGGAGAAGAAGAUGCAGACGUCGAGAGCGAGUACGCCAUCUGUGUCUGUUUCAAGUAGUGGGAAGGGUAAAGCACCCGGUGGAUCUAUAUCCCCUGAAGCGCUGGGUGCGGGAAAGAAAGAGCGCAAUGAGGCAUAUUUUGCAUCCCUGGGGGCAGAAAAUGCGAAUAGACCGGAGAAUGUGGCGCCGUCGCAGGGUGGGAGGUUUACGGGGUUCGGGGGCGGGAUGCCGCCCCCUUCUGCCUCUACGCGGAACGAGCAAGAUGGUAAUGGCGUGAUUCCGGGGUUAAAUGAUUUUCAGAAUGAUCCCGUUGCGGUGCUCACAAAGGGGUUGGGUUGGUUUGCGACUACGGUGGGGAAGGGGGCAAAGACUGUUAAUGACUCGUAUUUGCAACCCGCUGCGAAGACGACGAAACAGCUCGCCGAAACCGACCUAGCCGCACAAGCCCGUCUCGCCGCCGCAGAGGUGUCACGAAAUGUAGCAACUGGUACACGCGGCGCCGCUGACGCCCUCACCCGCUUUGUCGAAGGGCCACCAUCAUCAGGAUCGGCGUCAGGUGGGCCCGGAUCUGCCUUUGGAUCCCAAAGACGAACAUUGGAGCCUGAGAGAAAGGACUUUUGGGAUGAUUUUGCAGCGUUAGGUGAGGAGAGGAGGAGGUCUGGAGCUAUUGGGACAACGGCGAUGCGAGGAGGAGGGGGAGGGGGAGGGAGUGGUGGGGGAGGAGCUCCUUCUGGCGGUGGUACUGGUGCUGGAGCUGGAGCUGGCACUGGCAGCUGUGGGACGGGCACAACGGGGAAGGAUGAUGGGGGUGGGGGUGGUUGGGAUGAUAAUUGGUAGAUUUUUUUGUGCUCUUUUCUUUUUCUUUCUUGUUCGAAGUUAGAAUUAAUGGGCUGAAUCGGAUUUCUCUCCCCUGCGUCUUUUUUUUCCUUCUGUUUUUACUUCUGUCUAGAUGAUAGUGGUUUUGGGUCUCUUCUUCCUGGUCUUCUUUAUUAUUGUGCCUUGAUUAAACUGUCCCUCAUCCCUACACUUCUUGGUAUGAGGUGUUAAGAUAUCCGAGUAUACUUGCAUAUAAAACAUAAUGUUCUUAGUCUUGUCGAGGGUAUGAGACUAUCUGACGAUAUUCCCAAUAAAUAUUCGGCGAAGGUUUUCUUAAUCCCUUCAAAAUCCUUCCC